AUGGAGCGGGAUUUAGAGGUCUCCAGAAACAAGCGAAAGCUAUUGUUAUGCGGGGCAAAAAGUGCCAAAAAAGUUUUAUCUUUAUUCACUGUCGUCUCCUGGGACCAAGCUGGAGCUUGUGCAAGUGCAACAGGAGGUGGAACUGAAACUGGAACUUGUCUUCCUGCUGCACCAGAUUGUGCACUGAGAGGUGGAACGGCAGCCGGACCUUGCGCUGCAGGAUACGGAAUCUGUUGCGUAUUUAUGGCAACAUGUGGCGCAAGUGUUUUACAAAAUGGCACGUAUUUUGUAAAUCCAAAUCAUCCAAAUCCAACAGACAGUACUGGAAGUUGCCAAAUUACAGUUCCAAAACUAGGACCUGAUGUGUGCCAAAUUAGGUUGGAUUUUGAGACUUUUUCAAUAGCAGGACCAGAUCCUGCAAGUCACGUUUGUACUGCCGACAGAUUUCUGGUUAGUGGUGGUACUCCUGCACCAGUCAUUUGUGGAAACAGUAAUGGCGACCAUAUGUAUAUCGAUACAGGAGUGGGUCCAACAAAUCCUGUAACUUUGACUGUGGUUACAAGUGGCCCUUCGACUCCUAGAACUUGGAAGAUAAAAGUUACACACAUACCUUGCAGUACUAUUUAUAGAGCUGAUCCUGGUUGUCUACAAUAUUACACCGGAGUCUCUGGUAAAAUUAAAUCCUUCAACUAUGAUCCUACGAAUGGAAGGCAAUUGUCGAAUCAAGAUUAUUCUUUGUGUGUCCGGAGUGAGAGGAAUUUCUGCAGUAUACAAUAUACAGCUUGUCCUGAUACAGUGAACAACCGAUCAAGAGCAUUCACUCUCUCUGGAAAUAGUAAUCAAGCGGUUCAAGCCAUGGUAGGAGCAGCUGGUUCACCGAACACUUGUUCUUCGGAUUGGCUUUCUAUAAAUUGUGCUGCCAAUGCUGAUAGGACUCCACCAGCUACCACUUGUGAAGAUCGUAUUUGCGGAGGGACUUUCAGUGCUGAAAUUUCCAUGACGCCUGCUACUGUCUUCAGUAACGUGAGACCAUUCCGUCUGGCGUUCCACACGGACGCUACAGAAGCCCCGACUGAUACUGACAAUCGAGGAUUUUGCUUAGACUAUGUACAACAGCCUUGUGCGAAUAGCGUUUAGUACAAAUUUACAAC